AUGGCAGUGGUGAAAACCCCCAGCAGAGAACUAAAGAAUGCUGAAGAACCCUUUAAUAGUGUGUCACCCCUCCUUUUGAAGAGCCUGGUGCAGGAGCCUGAGAAAAGAACAGAAGUACCUAAUCACCUCCUAGAAUCGAAAGUUUAUGCAAAACUACUGAAUAAUAAGGUCAUACAGGCAAGACCUGGCAUAUUACAUUUUGGAGGCUAUCAAGUAGACAAACAACACAAACAGACUCUGCAUCUGGUCAAUGUUUCUGACGAAGAUACACAUGUUCAUGUUUUACCCCCACAAACCAAAUACUUUCAGAUCAAUUAUGUGAAAAAGGAGCACCGCCUCGUCCCUGGCUUAUCUCUAAAGAUCACCAUUACAUUUUCUCCAGAUGAGUGGCGAUACUAUUACGAUUGCAUCCGUAUUCACUGUAAGCGUUAUAGGAACCCCAAGAAUUUAAAAAGCAAGAGCUAUGUUAUUCCUUUGCAGUGCAGCUGCCCCGUAGAUUUCGAGUUCCACAUUACUUUGAUACUGUCCCACCAAGCCUUUACCAUUGAGCCAACAUCAGGAAUAAUUCCGGCUAACGGGAAGAUGAAAGUGACGAUCAAGUUCACACCCUUUCAGUACGGGAUUGCACAAAUAAAGAUGCAGUUAUGGAUUUCCCAGUUCAAUUCUCAGCCCUAUGAAUGUGUCUUCACUGGAACGUGCUAUCCCAACAUGGCCUUACCAUCAGAAGAGUUUGAAAGGUUAAAUACUCUUUCUAAGAAAAUGAAUGCUCCUCCAGAAAAAGCAAUGACACAAAUACGUUUUCACCGACUACUAGCAAAGAUAAAACCCCAAAAGAUGAAGGAAAUUGAGUACAAGAAUUUGAGAUUUCCAGUAGAUUUAUCAAAUCCAUUUGCUGUGGCAACUGUUUUAAACCAAGAAGCAGGAAAAUUGAAGAUUAAAGAAUUAAAAGAAGUUUUGGACCAAGGCACAGACAUUUCAAAAACAAGACAGAUGAAGGAAGCACUCUUUGAACAUAAAGUCAGACAGGAUGUUUAUGAAGAGCUCGAAAAUCAUCUUAAGUGGCAGGUGCACCUUGGUAAAGAUCCUAUAUCUUAUAAAUAUAGAAAAGAACUUGCUGAGGAGCGGAACAGAGCAGGCACCAAAUACAAGUUAAAUAGAGGAGACCCUACUUUGGAUGAGGAAUUUCAGCGACUCAAGACAGAAAUUAACAACAAACGGGUCAUUCGGGAUCUAGCAAAGGCAAUCGAGGAAUUUCAUCCUAAUUUUGACCCACUCAUCAAUAAUAAUUGGAUCAGCAGGUUUCGGGCACAAAGACAGUUUCAACAAGCAGCACGCAAGAUCAUAGUUCACCGACGAUUACUCAAAAUGCUGGCUGCUGUUCAUAAAAUGGACAGAAACCUUAUAAUGAAAAAGAUCAGUCAAAUAAAACAAUUCUCAGAACAAGAGAUGCGUUCCUCUAAACUCCUGCUACCGGAGCCCAGUCAGGAUGACUGUUGCAACCGGUUCUUCGUGUCAUCCAAGAACGUGCUGCCAUUUGCUUUCCCAUCCCACAGCUCUCUUCAGGGUGCCAAUGACUUGGCUCCUGAUAGUCUUGGACCAGUCCCAAUCAAAGCUUUAGAUGUUCAAAUCAAGCAGUCUUAUUCUUUCUUCAAUUUGCAGGUUCCUAAGCAAUAUAUAAUUAAGAGGUAUCGGUCAUUCUCUGCCCACAGAUCUUCAAAAAGUUACAUACCUCAAAAGCUUGCUCGAGCCCUAAGGCAAGGAGCUGAGGAUGAAGUCACCACCAUUAUAGCCCUUCCGAAACAGGACUCCACACCCCAGCAAUAUAACAAGAAAACAAUAUUAAACAUGAAACCGCCCGAGGCGUUAGCCACAUCUCCAGAUUAUGAUCCACUUUAUAUUUUUAAUCCCAGCCCAGGAUUAUUUGCUGUAAUGCAUCCUCUGACCUACGCGGAAACUUCGAUAGAUUACCAUCUAUGCUCUCACCCCAAGUACAAGUUCACCAAAGAGUUCCACAGUGGGUCCAGCAUUCCUCUCACCCAAAAGCAGUUUCUGCAUCACACGGACAUCAUUCCUGGAGUAAUGCGCUGGAAGAAGUUCCACUCCCAGGUGUUCUCCUCCCUGCCCGACUCCACCAAGAUAGAGAGCACACAGAGCUGUGAUUCCCUCAAUUCGGUCAUGCUUCCCACAGAUGUCCCCGCCAUUCUUGCUGCCUUACCAGAAGACGACAGACUAGAAACAGUGGAACGUGAGCUCUCUGAAAAGACUAUAGAAGUUACAUUGACUCCAGAAAUGAUCCAAGCAGAAUUCCCUACUUUGGACACCAAGAAGGAGAAAGAAGUGAAAGACCAGGCACAACCACCAGAGAAGGCAGGAGAAAAGAUCUUGGAAGAGAUGAAGACUCUGCGGAGCAAAGCUCUCAACACAUACCUGAUUCUAGAAUAA